AUGCGGCUCUUUUCGCUUCUUGCAAUUGCGUCGCUUGCUGCUGCCGGUUCCGACUACUCGGAAUCGCUUGGGUUUCGCCCAUUGGCCAGAAACAAACUAUUGGCAUCUUUCCAGUUUGAGGCUCUUCUGGUGCCAUAUCCGUUAGAAUAUGUCAAUGCAUCUCUACCAGUUGAUCAUGGGCCUCGCCACUAUGGAAAAUUUCCCAAGGCGCUAGAACCGGUUGUCCGUGCCACAAACACGAGAGACUUGCACUUGAGAUUCACUCAAGGUUGGUGGGACGCCGAGAGCUGGGGUAAAUUGCCUGCCAACGGCAGCGUGACCGGAGGAACCGGUGUGGAGUUGUGGGCGUCUAUUGAAGCAUCUAGUAUUGACGAGGCCAGGGCAAAUUGGCUCCGCUUAGCUGAGUCGCUUUCGGGUUUUUUCUGUGCGCUGUUAAACUUCGUCAACAGCGCUAUCACCACAUUCCCACGCCAUGAAUCUAUGAUUGAGAGCGGGUACGUGGCUUCAGCAAACAACAGCAUAUACUUGAUGCGUGCUGCGCUCCCGGAUGAACCCAUUUGCACUGAAAACUUGACUCCGUUCUUGAAGAUGCUUCCCACUAGAGGUAAGGCUGGAAUUGCCUCGCUCUUGGAUGGCCACAAGCUCUACGACUCGCUUUGGCACUCUAUGAGCAUUGAUUUAUCGACAGAGUGUGGUGACGAUGGCUGUCACUUGCGUUUACACCAAAACAUCCACCAAAUCGUUGAUGUUAUGCGUCUGAUCCGUCGUAAGACGGGCGGGGGUAUCCCGAAACCUGUGCUGGGUGAUGACCUCAGAUGCGACGAGACAAAACAAAAGGAUGCGUGGACCUGUUUCCCUUUGGGUGAUGAGACCGAGAUUGAGUGGGAUAUCGAAAGUAUAUUUGGCCGUCCAAUCAAAGGGCCCGGCUUUGAGGACUCGCUGAGUUUAAGUGUGAUUCACUUCGAUACAAACAGAGAGUUCUGGAAGGUCCAGGUCCACAAAAUAAGACCCGACAAUACCGUUAUCAUGCAUGACGUCGAUAAUCAGUAUGUGUUGGAGGAGCCUCUUAUGUUCAACUUCAACUUCAAGUCCAGGGACUCCCGUCAGGUUCAGCAAGUCGAGCGCCCGCCUGUGGCAGUUUCCCGCUCAUUGACUGGCUACUCGCAAGAUAGAGGUGGAAUUAGAGUUAAGUUUCAGAAUCCUUCUGAUUCCGAGUCUGUUUCUGUUCUUUACUCGGAAACCUUACCUUGGUUUAUGAGAGUAUACUUGCACACACUAGAGGUAUCUGGAUCCGGCCUUAUUGACUCGCAAUUCUACAUUCCUGCCAUCGACCGUGUGAGACCGGGCUACCUAGAGCUAGAGGUGACAUUGCCACCUGGAGGGGCUCUCACGUUUACAUACCAGUUCGACAAGUCUCUCUUGUUGUAUGCUGAGUAUCCUCCCGAUGCCAACCAUGGGUUCUCCAUUGAUCCUGCGGUUGUGAAGGUAGUCGAUGCAGAUAAUGAGGUUGUGUACCAGUUGCGCACGGCCAGUUUGCUUCUCACACUUCCUACUCCGGAUUUCUCCAUGCCAUAUAAUGUGAUUAUUUUAACAUGUACGGUCAUGUCGCUUGCAUUUGGAACGGUUUUCAAUUUGUUGACGAAGAAAGUCAUUACUGAGGAAGAAUUUGAGGAGAUUUCCAAGAAUCUGAAGCUUUCUAAAUUCAAGGCGAAGAUCCAGAGUAUCAAGGCCAAAAUCAAGGGUACAUAG